GAAAGGAGAAAAGAUGUUUGUCUAAGAGUACUGGUAACCAGUUAACUAGCAUGAACAAUCACGUGUACUGUACUGUCUAUACAUAUCGAAAGUGUAGAAAAAGCAAACAGCGAUACUGUUAAGCAUUGAAAGUAACAUCUUUAGCUGUAGAAAUGAUUUUGUUUUUGUUUUACUCUUAUUUAAACACAACAAAGGGACACUAAGCGUAUAAUUAAUACAGUACAAAUGGACGUAGUGGAGAUUUAAAUUAGGGACGGGCUUGGUUCAUUUUUGCAGGGUCCUGACAGCUUCAGAAAUGUGUAAUUUGUAACAGCAGAUGCAGUAAAACGAAUACCAUUCGGUUGACUGGAGUAAUUUACUACACCUUAACAAGAGAUUUCUAUCUUAUCUUUGCAAACAUCUGUGAUAUGGCUUAUUCCCAGUCUGACAACGACCUUGAAUCGGACAACUGUGGGGACAUGUCUGAAAUCCACACACGGCUCCAGUCAUUCCAUAACUUCCCCAAGGAUAACCUGGUAUCUCAUCAGAGGCUGGCCAGAGCUGGCUUUUAUUUCACAGGCAACUCCGACCAGGUCAGGUGCUUCAGCUGCAAUCACACUGUGGAGAACUGGAGCAGUGGAGACUCCCCUGUAGAGAGGCAUCGACAGGUGUCCCCUUGCUGCACCUACCUGAGCUGCACGCAGAGAGUCCCCUCCCAGCCAGCCACGCUCAACGGACACGCGGCCCCAUCAACCAACAGUGCUGCGUACGACGAGGAAAGAGAGGAUCUGGAGUACCGCCUGCGAACGGGAGAGGUUGUGGAUGAGACUGACUAUCCGAAACACCGUGACAUGUGCAGAGAGGAAGCCAGGCUGGACACCUUCCAGUCGUGGCCCCCGUCUGCCCCUGUGAGGCCCCGGGAGCUGGCCCAGGCCGGGUUCUAUUACACUAACUCCAGGGACCGGGUUGAGUGCUUUUGCUGUGGUAGCGUGCUGGAGAACUGGGAGCCUGGAGAUGAAGCCUGGAAGGAGCACGAGAGACACUUCAGCAACUGCUUCUUCAUCCUGGGCCACGAAGUGGGGAACAUUCCUUGCCAGCAGCCCCCUGACAUGGAUACAGUUCCGUACAUGGGAUCCUAUGAGGAGCGUCUCCGCAGCUUCACUGGCCAGCAGCAUCCCGUCGACCCAGAGAGACUGGCGAGGGCUGGGUUUUACAGUACAGGUGAGCUGGACAAGGUGAUAUGUUUCCAAUGUGCAGGGGAUCUGAAGGGCUGGCAGGCUGCUGAGGACCCCUGGGAGAAACAUGCCAAAUACUAUCCAGGGUGUAACUUUCUUAUUGCUGAGAAAGGCCAAGCGUUUGUGAACAGUAUCCAGUUGGGGAAUCCCUGCAGGAACUCUGCUGUAAGUGCAGAACGUGUUCCAAAUGGACUGGCAGUACGACAAGAAGAUUCGGGCAUCAUGCAGUCCUCUGUAGUGCAGAGGGCUCUGGAGAUGGGCUUCGAUGCUGCAGAAGUUGAGAGAACAGCCCGGGAGAGGGUUUGUAAGACUGGGAUGGAGUAUGAUUCAGUGGAAGCUCUGAUCAGUGACCUGACCAGGGCUGAAAGUGAGUCAGAUGAAACACAAGAUAAAGAGGAGGAGGACCCUAUGGAGAAGCUGAGGAAACUACAGCAGGAGAAGCUCUGUAAAGUCUGCAUGGACAAAAACAUUGCCAUAGUCUUCAUCCCCUGUGGACAUCUGGUCACCUGCAAGAAGUGUUCCGAGGUCCUUAGUAAAUGCCCCAUAUGCUGCGCACCUAUCAUUCAGAAGGUUAAAACCUACCUCUCGUGAACCCUGAUUAAUACUAGGAUUGCAUACGACUGUUCGUGUUCUACUUGGCUAAAUAUAUACUAGAAGUGAUUGGGACUCCUAUCGGCAUAUUUUAAAGCAAGGCUCUGCUUUAUUUCAGUCCCUGCCCAUUACUGACUUUGUUGAAACGGCAGUAAAACGGCCGUUUUGACUUCUGACAUUACAAGUAGACAAGAGAUUUUUUUUUGUGUUUUAGCAUUGCCGUGGGGCAGACACUUUUAGAGUGUUUUAAAACUGUAAAUCAUAUUCGUUCGACUUUGGCACAUUUGGAACAAUGCCUCAGCAAACAGGCAGUCCCCAUUAUGACAUGUACUUCUCACUGACAUAAAAUGACAUUCCUUGCAAUAGAUUAACAGUGAAGCUCAAUUAAUAGAACUCUCUGCAGCAUAGUAGAAAGUAUGUAAUUGAUACCCUAUUCACUACCUAAUAGCCCAUUCUCUGAGUAAUGCACAAUAAACCUGUAUUGAAAACCUGACUGAGCGGCUUUGGGUAGUGUGAAUAAAGUACAAGUACUGGGGAAGGCUGGCCUUAUUUGGGCAAACACAAAAGGGCUUUGGCGUUCAGCACUGAAUAGUUGGAGCGGUGCUUUUUGUUUGUGCCUUCGGGGCUAAGAAAGAUAAUAAUGCCAACAGGGAAACAUGUAUGUGCCCCUGACGCUGCCCCUCACAAGCCCACAGCAAAGCCUUGAAUUUGAAUAAUAAACAGAAAGUGCAACGCUGUGACAUAGAGACCCUGAAUGUGUUGCUUGAAACCUCACCAGCUUGUAUGAACUGUACAAUGAUGCUGCUGUACUGCUGGCAUUGCUGAGCACUGAAGAGAGUUCAUUAAGCUACUGGCCUAGGAAGUGCACAAUUUGUGAAACUUAAGAAUGUAUAUAUUGCUGUGGAAAUAAUGAUUCUUAUAUAUCUAUCUAUAUCUAAUAUAUAUAUAUAUAUAUAUAUAUAUAUAUAUAUAAUGUAUCUAUCCUUGCAUUUAAAUCAUGUUAUGCGUUCUUGUAAAGCAGUCGGGGGGCUGUUCAGUUAACAUAAUAUUAACAGGUCGUUAUGUAGAUUUUCUUAAACUAUUUAUACUAUGAUGUAGAUUCUGAUUGGUGGGGGGGAUUUAGAUAUAUUCUAUUUAAAAUCAUUUAUUUUACAGUCGAGCUAAAGAUAUAUAUAUACGUAUUGUACAGAGGUUAUAGCAAUGUGCUUCAUAUAUUUUGAGAAGUACUGUAAUGUUAAUACAGCAAUACAUUAAGUUUCUGUGUACCACAAUCAUGUUCAGUUUAACACUAAAAUAUCAUUUAUUUGUAAUUGUAAUAGUGUUCUCUAAAAUCCAGUGACAGUUUGAUUGAACUGGAGACGGAUAGUUUUGGUUAACAUAUAGGGGGUAUAGACAGCUUCAAUAACAUUGAAUACCUAGAGCUUAUUUUUGUAGUAGACUAUUUUUAACAAUUAUUUAUUGUAAACUUUCAUUGUGAUUUACUUAGCUUUGCAACAUCCCUUUUGUUAAAUGCAAAUUAAAUGCAUCCUCUUAAAUGUA